AUGGCUACAGAAAAUUCAGUCACCGUGCUUAAGCAUUCUUUAGUGCCGCCACCGUCGUCUGCGGUGGCCACUGCAAUGUCUCUCCCUUUAACAUUCCUUGAUAUGCUCUGGUUGCACUUUCCCCCUGUUGAACGCCUCGUCCUUUAUGAAGUACCUCAGCUCUCUAGAGCACAUUUCAUCGAGCACAUUAUUCCUAACCUUGAACAUUCACUCUCCUUGACACUCCAACCUUUUUUUCCCCUAGCCGGGAAUUUGAUAGUUCCUUCCAAUUCAAAUUCUGGCACGCCCGAAAUUCUUUACAAAAAUGGAAGUUCACUAGCACUAAUCAUUGCCGAGUGUACCACGACUGAUUUCAAUUAUCUUACAGCAAACCAUGCACGGAAUUGUUGUGAUUUUCAUCCGCUGAUUCCUGAAUUGAAACUAUCUAAUCAGGAUGAUUCCGGAUCCACAGCCAGGACUACCCCAGUUCUUGCUCUUCAGGUUACAUUAUUUCCAGACUGUGGAAUGUCUAUUGGAAUCUCAAAUCACCACACUGUCGGAGAUGCCGGCAGCAUUUUCAGAUUUAUGAAGACGUGGGCUGCUUUAUGCUCCAAAUGUCUUGAAGAUAAUAUCGACAGAGAUGAUGUUGCAGCAACUCUAGCAAGUGAUUCUCCACCAUGUUACGAUAGGACUAUGAUCAAAGACACAAAGGGACUUAACUCAAUUUUUCGGGACCAAGGGGUCGUCUUCUUAAAGUUUUUUCAAAAUGAGAGUUCUACUGAUACUACAACAAAACCUACGACCAAAACAGAAAAAGUUCGCAGAUCUUUUGUUAUUAGCAGAAACAAUAUUGAAAAACUCAAGAACUUAGCCCGGCAAAAACGGCCACAAUUAGUUCAUUUAUCAUCAUUUACGGUAAUUUGUGCCCAUGUUUGGACUUGCUUGGUAAAAUGUCGUGGUCCAAGUGGAGAACAAGUGGAUAAAGGACACUUUGUGCAAUACUAUAGGUGGCAUUGGAUUGGCAUAGAAAAACAUGUCACCGAGAAUUCCAAGUGCAUUCAUCAGAGAUUGAAGAACAAUGAUUCACUCUUCGACGAUGCUGACAAGUGGUUGCCGGAUACUGCGGGUAUAAAUUUGGACAGGCUGGUUUCCGUGGCUGGCUCACCAAGGUAUAACUAUUACAAUCUGGAUUUUGGAUGGGGAAAGCCUAAAAAGUUCGAGUUCGUUUCGAUUGAUACUUCAGGGGCCAUUUCUCUUAGUGGGAGUAGAGAAACAGAUGGAGAUAUUGAGGUUGGUUUAUCCCUUUCCAAGCCAAGAAUGGAUGCUUUUACUGCUAUUUUUAACAAUGGGCUUGAUUCUUUGUAG